GAAAAGUCACUUUCCUGGGAUGAGAGAAGGUGGAUGUCAGAGCAGUUGAAUAACAUGCAUUCAGCAUUAUGUCAUAAUCACAAAAUGCAAAGAAAGUCGUCUGAAAAAUGAGUGACUGAUCAUUUGUUCUCCAGCUUGCCUCACUUCUACUCUCCUGCAUCAUUUCACCAGGGAUGUGGCCACUUGGUGAACUCAGGUAAAGUUCACUAAGGUGGGAGUUAACAGAUGUCUAUUGUGAAACCACCUGUGUUCAGUGAGUCAACUGAGAGGACCUUGAACAAGCUGCUCCUCUUCUCUAGGCUUCCACUUCUUCAUUGAAGUAUUGAGAGAUUCUACAGAGUUAUAUAUAUUAAAGCUAUGGGUGUGAUGUUUUGCAGUGGUCUCUAUUUCAUUUUGUAUUCCCAGCUGCAGCACGUAACUAACUCAUAUCAUUCCUUCUUAGUUCAUUUUCUAGUAUAUUUUUGCUGUGUCCCAAUUUUGAAGAUAUGCUCACCAAAUGUUCUGUGAUGCCUCUGCUCUUCUAGCAAAAAUCACAACCAGUCAAUGGCCAAUGAAAACUACACAAGGGUCACAGAAUUUGUUUUCACAGGUUUGAAUUAUAGCCCUCAGUUGCAGGUGUUUCUCUUCCUGCUCCUUCUGAGUUUCUACAUUAUCAACUUAACAGGAAACUUGGGGGUGAUUAUUCUGAUAUGUAUCAGUCCCCGCCUUCACACACCUAUGUACUUUUUCCUCAGCCACUUGUCCUUUGUGGACAUGUGCUUGUCCUCAGUUGUGAGCCCCAAGAUGCUCACUGACUUCUUUCUGCAGAGGAAAGUCAUCUCUUUCUUGGGCUGUGCUUUGCAGCAGUGGUUCCUUGGGUUCUUUGUCGCAGCAGAGUGUGUUCUCUUGGCAUCCAUGGCCUAUGACCGCUAUGUAGCCAUCUGUAACCCAUUACUGUACUCAGUUGCCAUGUCCCAGAGGCUCUGUAUCCAGCUGGUGGCUGGUCCCUAUGUCCUUGGCUUCAUGAACACCAUGACUCAUACAACAAACACAUUUCGCCUCCCUUUUUGUGGCCCCAAUGUCAUCAAUCACUUCUUCUGUGAUGUGUUCCCCCUAUUUUCCCUGGUAUGUGCUGACACAGAGCUCAAUAAGUUAGUGGUUUUCAUCGUGGCAGGAGCUGUGGGAGUCUUUAGUGUUCUGACCAUCAUGGUCUCCUACAUUUACAUCCUCACUGCCAUCCUGAGGAUCCGCUCAGCUGAUGGGAGGUGCAAAGCCUUUUCUACCUGCUCCUCCCACCUGACAGCUGUCUCCAUCAUGUUUGGUACCCUGUUGUUCAUUUAUGUACGACCAAGUGCCAGUUUCUCCCUGGAUCUCAAUAAAGCAGUGUCUGUGUUUUACACAGCAGUCAUCCCCAUGUUGAACCCACUUAUCUACAGCUUGAGGAACAAGGAGGUCAAAGAUGCCCUCCACAGGACUCUUACUAGGAGGAUGACAUGUUAGGCUUGAAUUCUUUUCUGGAAAGAAGUUGGUGGAGAAAUCUCAAUGGAAAGACUGAUUGUGUGAUUCCUAAGGCUACUUGCAAGUGUUUGGAGGCUGAGUGACACCCCUUUACCUAUUCAUCUAUCCAGUGGUUUGUUCAUUUAGUCAAUUAGUGUAGAUUUAUUAGCCUUGUAAGUGAUUUUUCUCUGUACUAUACCAAUAUUGUAGUUGGAACCCACAGUCCAUUUAGUUUUCCUUCUCUUGGACACCUCAUAGUCCAAUGAUUUUCAAAAAAGCUUUAUUUCAUAUCUGUCAUUAAUUAUCUGUCAUUCUGCUAAUAUGUUUUCUCUUUCUGCUUACCUUUUGGGAUUAAAAUUUUAAAACACAGUUCUAUAGUUUGACACUCACAUAUAGCUCCCACCAAUAAGGGUAUGUAAAUAAAAGUGAUGUGGGAUCUCAUGUUUAAACUCAUCAAUGGAAAGAAAUCCUUGACUGUGAACACUGAUUUUUGGGGUGUCCUUAACACAAAGAGCUACACACAUCUCAGGGAGUGAAGACAGAUCUGUGCCAACUCUGACAGAUGGGGUGGUCUACAGUGUCUCUUUAUAGUGAUAAAGAGACCUGUGCUCAUUUUAGUCCAUUUUAUACCUGCAAGAGCUAAAGCAGUUCA